AUGGCCGAACACCGAUCAUAUUAUCGUAAUGCCGUAUUGAUUGGCACAACGUUAUACAUAGUUAUUCUUUCUCUCGAAAACCCAAUUUGUUGGAAAUUAGAUUUGAACGGGGAAAAUCCUAAUUGGGUUAACGAUUUUGUGAAGGUUUGUAAUUCGUAUCGCCCUGUCAAAUAUCCAGCAACGUUAUCGAUUUUGAAUAAAAUAUAUAUUCAUGGCGGCAUCGAUCUUCUCACCGGACAACCAACAAAUAUUCUGUAUGAAUUUGAUGUGAGUAAUAUGCAAUUGCUUGUUCUCAUACAAAAGGGUACUGUUCCGUAUCCUUGUUCGAUGCAUACACUCAGUGCACUUGACUAUAACCGUCUCGCUAUUUACGGUGGCCAAUGUAUUGCUAAUGGGAUACCGUAUAAUACAAAAUGUUUUGCAAUAUACGAUCUUACGAGCAAAUUCUGGACAAUCUAUAAUGAAAUGUCCAAUAUGCCCUAUGCAAGAGCACUCCAUUGCGCAGUUCAAGCCAGCGAUAGACUCUACGUUUAUGGCGGACAACAUAUUGAUUCCGAAGGAAUAACCAGAGUUCACGAUGACGAGUGUGUCUGGGCAUACGACAUACAGCAUCACAAAUGGCAAAAGUAUCUCUCUCCCACUCGAGAAUCAAAUACUUUUCCAUUUGGAUUUCCAAUCAAUUGGUUAUCGACCACCGGAUGGAAACAGAGUCCUGGUCGCUGUUCGGGGGCCACAAUGAUUAACUUGAACGGUCGGAUCGCCAUAAUAGGGGGAUUGGUCUUGGCAUCACAUUAG